AUGAUCGCCCAAGCCUCGGAUCCGCCGCCGAAAGUCCAAAAGUCGGUUACACGCGACUCCAUCACCGACGAUGCUUCACACAUCGACCGCUACGGCUCUGUCCCCGGGGUCGUCGAAGAUGUCGUCCAGGUCAUCGACCACAAGGCCGAACGGGCUCUCUGUCGCCGCUUCGAUUUCCGUAUACUUCCCGUGCUCGCAUUGAUGUACCUCUUCAAUGCCCUGGAUAAAGGCAACCUCAGUAAUGCCGAAACCGCCGGCAUGAGCGAUGAUCUUAACUUCAAACCCGGCCAAUAUAACCUACUCCUAUCCAUCUUCUACGUCCCAUAUGUUGUAUUCGCGCCCCCAUUUGCCAUGCUUGGCAAGCGCUGGAGUCCUGCACGCGUAUUGCCCGUCCUGAUGUUCUCUUUUGGCUCAUUCACGCUGCUUUCGUCUGCGACCAAGAACUUCGGCGGCAUGUUCGCUCUGCGCUGGUUCCUCGGCAUGUCUGAAGCGGCCUUCUUCCCGCUAGUCAUCUACUACCUCACGACCUUCUACCGGCGUGGCGAGCUCGCCCGUCGCCUCGCUAUUUUCUACGCAGCCAGCAACAUCGCCAACGCCUUCUCCGGCCUACUCGCCUUCGGCGUCUUUCAAAUCAAAAACUCCUCUCUCCCAGACUGGCGUUACCUCUUCAUUCUCGAAGGCGGCGUCACCGUUCUCUUCUCCUGCUUCGCCUUCUGGUACCUUCCUCGCUCCGCCUCCACAGCCUCCUUCCUCAGCGAAGACGAGAGGCUUCUCGCCCAUCACCGCAUCCAAGUGGACAGUUCCGCCAUCGUCGAUGAACCCUUCCACCUCCGCUCCGCUCUCGGCAUUUUCAAACACCCCUCCACCUACGCCUUCCUCGCUAUCGAAAUCUGUCUCGGUGUGCCCCUGCAGGGCGUCUCCCUUUUCAUGCCCCAGAUCAUUCAACGCCUGGGCUUUUCCACCGUCAAAACUAACCUCUACACCGUGGCCCCUAAUGUCACCGGAGCCGCCAUGCUUAUCGUCCUCGCCUUUGCAUCAGAUGCCGUCCGCCUCCGCGCUCCUUUCAUCGUCUUAGGCUUCCUCCUCACUUUCACAGGCUUCAUGAUCUACGCCGCUAUCGACGACGUCGAUCGCCAGAUCCACCUAGCGUACUUUGCCACCUUCAUGAUGACCUGGGGUACCUCUGCGCCGUCGGUGCUGCUCUCCACAUGGUAUAACAACAACAUUGCAGAUGAGAACAAGCGUGUGCUGUUGACGAGUAUUGGUGUGCCGUUGGCGAAUCUGAUGGGCUUGGUGUCGAGUAAUGUCUUCCGGGAGAAAGAUAAGCCCAAGUAUCUGCCUGCCCUCGUCACAGUGGGCGCAUUCGGUGGAACUGGUGCUAUUCUGGCGGCGCUGUUGGGGGUAUAUAUGCUUGUGGAUAAUCACCGGAGGGAUCGUAAGGAGGGUGUCAGGAUGCGGGCGCAGGAUGUCCCGACUGAAAGGUUGCGCGACGGACCGGGCGCUGUCGGGUUCCGAUGGUUCUUAUAA